CUACUAGAAGCGAAGGCGAUGGGACUCCGUUACCCGGGAAGCCAAGCGGCAUGACGUCACCGCGCACAGCCCGUUCCUUGCCCCGGAAGGGCUUAGUGCCGCCGUGACCCCCCCACCGUCCUUCCUUCUUCCUUUCUGAAGUAGGUACCGGCGGAGCGCACCAUGGGCCGCGUGAUCCGGGGGCAGCGGAAGGGCGCCGGGUCUGUGUUCCGAGCCCACGUGAAGCACCGCAAGGGCCCCGCCAAGCUGAGGGCGAUCGACUUCGCCGAGAGACACGGCUACAUCAAGGGCAUCGUAAAGGAUAUCAUUCAUGAUCCUGGCCGAGGUGCUCCCCUUGCCAAGGUUGCAUUUCGUGAUCCAUACAGGUUUAAGAAAAGAACAGAAUUGUUCAUUGCAGCUGAAGGUAUUCAUACUGGCCAAUUUGUUUACUGUGGCAAGAAAGCUCAGCUUAACAUUGGAAAUGUCCUACCUGUUGGCACUAUGCCAGAAGGAACCAUUGUCUGUUGCCUUGAAGAGAAGCCUGGUGACCGUGGUAAAUUGGCCCGUGCUUCUGGAAACUAUGCCACAGUUAUCUCCCACAAUCCUGAAACCAAGAAAACCAGAGUGAAGCUGCCUUCUGGUUCCAAGAAGGUGAUCUCUUCUGCAAACAGAGCUGUUGUUGGUAUUGUUGCUGGUGGAGGUCGUAUUGACAAGCCUAUCCUAAAGGCAGGUCGUGCCUAUCACAAAUACAAGGCAAAGCGAAACUGCUGGCCACGUGUCCGUGGUGUGGCUAUGAAUCCUGUAGAACAUCCCUUUGGUGGUGGUAACCAUCAGCAUAUUGGUAAGCCUUCAACCAUCAGGAGAGAUGCUCCAGCUGGUCGCAAGGUCGGUCUCAUUGCUGCCCGUCGUACUGGUAGACUGCGUGGAACCAAGACCGUGCAGGAGAAGGAGAACUAAUGUCUUUCAAUACAGUUUACACAAUAAAAGGCUUAAAAAAAAACCCCA